CGGGCGGCCGGGCGCGCUACAAUGUAGCGAGGGCGACGGGGCGAGUUACAAUGUAGCGAGGGCGGCGGCGGUCAGGUGGGAUGCUAUGGAAUAUGACGAGAAGCUGGCCCGGUUCCGGCAGGCCCACCUCAACCCCUUCAACAAGGAGCCUGGGCCAAGGCAGCAUGAGCAGAGGGCCAGUGAGGAGGCCCCAGAAGUCACUUCUGAAGAGGCCCUGCCCGAGCUGCCGCCUGGAGAGCCAGAGUUCUGCUGCACUGAGCGAGUGAUGGAUCUCGGCUUAUCUGAGGACCACUUUUCCCGCCCUGUGGGUCUGUUCCUGGCUUCUGACAUUCAGCAGCUGCGGCAGGCUAUCGAGGAGUGCAAGCAGGUGAUUCUGGAGCUUCCCGAGCAGUCGGAGAAGCAGAAGGACGCUGUCGUGAGGCUCAUCCACCUCCGGCUGAAGCUCCAGGAGCUGAAGGACCCCAAUGAGGAUGAGCCCAACAUCCGAGUCCUCCUGGAGCACCGUUUCUACAAGGAGAAGAGCAAGAGUGUCAAGCAAACUUGUGACAAGUGUAACACUAUUAUCUGGGGGCUCAUUCAGACCUGGUACACCUGCACAGGCUGCUGCUACCGCUGUCACAGUAAGUGCUUGAACCUCAUCUCCAAGCCCUGUGUGCGCUCCAAAGUCAGCCACCAAGCUGAAUAUGAGCUGAACAUCUGCCCCGAGACAGGGCUGGACAGCCAAGAUUACCGUUGCGCCGAGUGCCGGGCGCCUAUCUCUCUGCGAGGCGUGCCCAGCGAGGCCCGGCAGUGUGACUACACGGGCCAGUACUACUGCAGCCAUUGCCACUGGAAUGACCUGGCCGUCAUCCCUGCGCGAGUCGUGCACAACUGGGACUUUGAGCCGCGCAAGGUGUCCCGCUGCAGCAUGCGUUACCUGGCGCUGAUGGUGUCUCGACCGGUUCUCAGGCUGCGAGAGAUCAACCCUCUGCUGUUCAACUAUGUGGAGGGUCUGGUGGAGAUCCGGAAGCUGCGCCAGGACAUCCUGCUCAUGAAGCCGUACUUCAUUACUUGCAAGGAGGCCAUGGAAGCUCGUCUCCUUCUGCAGCUCCAGGACCGGCAGCAUUUUGUGGAGAACGAUGAGAUGUACUCCGUGCAGGACCUGCUGGACGCGCACACAGGCCGCCUCGGCUGCUCCCUCACGGAGACCCACACGCUCUUCGCCAAGCACAUCAAGCUGGACUGUGAGCGGUGUCAGGCCAAGGGCUUCGUGUGUGAGCUCUGCAGAGAGGGUGACGUACUCUUCCCCUUCGACAGCCACACGUCCGUGUGCACCGACUGCCGUGCCGUCUUCCACAGGGACUGCUACUAUGACAACUCCACCACGUGUCCCAAAUGUGCUCGGCUCACCUUGCGGAAGCAGUCACUCUUCCAGGAGCCUGGUCCAGACGUGGAUGCCUAGAGCAACAGGAACCCCUCCCAGGCCUCUCUGGCAUCCAAACUGCUGGUCAUUGCCAAAGUCAAGAUGUUUCUUGUGUUCUGGAGACCCCUAGGGUGCAGCCCCUGGACCUCUCACCUGUGCUGGGCCAGAGGGGUGUAAGCAGCACCAUGAGGACCAUCGUCCCUCUCCUAGGCACUUGCUGGGACUUGGGGCAGUCUCGCCUGGCUCUUUCCUGGGUGUGUUGCUGUGGAGGCUGCAGGGCUCCAUAAGCAGGGAAGUGGGGAAAGGCUUCUCCCCACCCCCUGUGGCAAAGAGCCUUGGGGAGGCACUUGGGGCCAAGGCCGCUGGGCUUUGGCCACGCUGAGAACCCCCAGAGGGCUUUGGGGGAGUGGCCGACGAGCCUUGGGAAUGCUGGCUGCAGACACCCAGGCUGGGCCUGAGUUUUCUCUGCAAUGGAUGGUUUGGAUCUACCUGGAGGCCCCCCAUCCCCUUGGCCCCUUGUGUGGGGACUUGUAGUUGUUCACGACUGUCUCCUGAGGGCCCUGCUCCUGCCUCCCAAAGUUCUCUCCCUCUGGGUUCUCCUCUGACAGGGCCAGCCCUGGGGGUUCCCACUUCUGUACAACAUGGAGGGAAGGGGGCCGUGAAGCUCUUCCCCUUGGUGGACCAGCCCCUGCUCUGGCCUUUGCUCUCCCAGCUUACGGUGGUGCUCUAGGCUGGGUGGUUGGGGGUCGAGUUGGAGGAGGCUGUCCUGCUUCCCAGUUUGGAGCAGGGACUGUGACCCUGGGGGAGGUUCUAGGUUAGGCCACAGGGUUGGCUGCCAUUGGCCUGUUUGCCUGAGGAGCUCCAUGUGCCAGUGGAGGGCUCCGUACAGCUCAUAGACCACCACCAGCCUGUGGCCUUUUGUUUGGGGGCCUGAGGUCAGGCACUGGGAAUAUUUGCUCAAGGGAGCUUUGGGCAGGAAUCCCAGAGCGUGUGCAGGAAGACCGGGGCAUGGGAUGUGGAAGGUCCUGUGUCCCAGCUGACAAAUGGAACCCCUGGACAGAGCAUGAGAAGCCACAGCACUUCACCGGGGGAGCGUCGGCCUUGGUAUUUGCAGGGAUGCUUCGUGCUUUAGAGACCCUGCUAUAGAGGGCGUGGCCUGUGGGAGGAGGAUGUUUCUGGAUGUGGCUCUCCAGUCUUUUGUGCCCUCUUGCCCAGAUCGUCCUUGCCUGCUGGUGGGCACGGUUGACACGCACGGGUGGAGGUGGUGGAACAUAGCUACUUGGACAUCUGUCAUCUGCGACCUGCAGCAGAAAGGUCAGCCUAGCUUGCUGGCCAAUAAGAGGGUUGGAUAAAGACAGUGUCCCCUCCUCCUCGCUUCUCUGCACCAUCAGAAAAGCCUCACGUGGUGGCUUUAAGGCAGUCCUCUUGCGGUGUGUUCUGAUCUGCCUCGGGGAAACAGUGCGAAGCAAACACUGGUGAGGUUGGGUCAACGGCAGGUCCCCGUCCUGCUUCCCCUUCCUCUCUAGGGCUGAAGAGGGGCUUAAGGGCCAAACGCCCUUUUCCUACACCCCCAGAUCUGCACACUUCUCACCACUGCAUUACAUUUCUGUCAUAAGGAUAUUGGCCAUUCCCGAAUAUAGUGUGUAACGAACAUCACAUUAUUCCAGUCAUAAUCACUGUGUCCAUAGGAAGCGUUAAUAUGCUGGCAUCUGCUGGCGGAAGAGUUGGCUCCCUUUUCUUUUUAACUGCCCCCAUUUCCUCCUCCCCAGUUAUCUCCACCUACCCUCCUGAAUGGCAGAGUUUUUAAACAAAAUCACGUGUGGGUCUUGGGAGUCCACGGCACGGUACAAGAACCCGCCGAAGAACCAGUUUGCAUGGCCAGCCCUUCACAGAAGAGCAGUAGGGAUAUCUAGCUGUAAUAAUGCCGCAGCUGCUGUCUCAUUAAAUCCGUGUUCUCUAGA